AUGGCCGGAUCUACCUUCCCACCUUCACCCCCUUCAUCUAAUACCGGAGCAUCCAGGCUCGAUGCUCGCGCCAGAGAAUUGGUAGAAAAGACAUUUGGUAUCACCGUUGACGGAGUUGAGCGCGCUCCCAUUCUUGACUACAACGCAAAUACCAUCUCUUAUGAAGUCUACUUCCUCCAUACUAUGUGGAACAUACGCGAUACUCCUAAACAGCCUGGAGUGGCACGCAUGCCAUCAGGAACGAAGCAAGUAAUCAUACAAUUUAAAAUCCCUGAGCAAAACAUGGACAAGAGGCGCUGGGCGGAGAACAAGGUCGCUGCUAUGUACACGGCGCGAACGAUUCUUUACAACACCGUCUUUCUCCGCACUGUGCCGGAGGUAUAUGCAUGGAGCGAUGGAAGCGAUGAUGAACAUAACAAGGCAUGGAUUAUCCAUAGCUCUCAUCCACCCGGGGAUGCCCCACUGAGUCAGUCGUUUUAUCAAAUGUCUUCGGAACACCAAGGCGAGAUUUUGGGACAGAUUGCGACACUACACAAGCUCUUUCAAGACUAUGAUCAUAUGGCUAUAUGUCAGGGAUACGGGGGUUUUAGAUUUUCAAAGGAAGGAUAUGUUCGCUCUGGCGAGGCCCUAAUGAACGGCGUCGGCGGUCCGUUUGGCAAAUUAGGUACUUACCUCACAGAGUUACUGCGGCGAGAUUUGAGAAGGGCGGAAAAGCGACCAGAUAUCGACGGAUGGAGAAGGAGCCCAGAGUUGAGAAGGAAGCUUGAGAAUUUCGUUGAGCAGUCUGUUACAGAUGUAGUGGCUGAGAUACCCGAGUAUCGCCCAACAUUCACCCUGAACAGGAUCGAACUUGGGAAUUUUCUUAUCUCAGAAAGACCAGAUCAAACACCGAUCAUAUCCUACAUCCUCAACUGGAAUUAUGCUUCUCUCAGUCAUCCCCUGGAGGAGUUCAUCCACUCCUACAACAGCCUACAUGGCGCGCUAUUAUUUCCCUUUGAUAAGGACAGCCGUGCCAUGUCCCGAUGCAUCCUAGAAGGAUUUCCAGAUGGAGACGUGGACGUCGAUCUGAGAGAUCUUGACAACUAUGCCUACUACAAUGACGGCAUGGGUGCGCAAUGCCACUAUAACAUAGCGAAGAAUCUAUACGAGGCCUUGCACAUGGCAGAGGUAGACAGGCCUCAAGAUAUGGAGGGAGCAGAGACGUUGAUUGCAUUUUUUGGCUUCUGUGCAGCUGUCGGCGGGCGAGGAUUGUACCGUGACGAUCCAGCAGCCGAUGCCAAGCCGGAUGAGGUGUAUAAGAGCAAAGCUAAACUGGUCAAGGACUACUUGAAGCUCUUUGGUUACUGGUAG